CCAGCAGCACGGCGGGGACCAGCAGGGCGGGCAAUGCCUGCAGCGAACGGACCCAGAACUGCAGCCCCACAGCCCGCAAACAACCCCCGACGGCCGCCAUGCCCGGAGAAACACGGAGAGAAGGAGGGGGGAGGUCCCGUUGCUCGGGGCCCCUCCACCGCCCGCCCUCGAUGGGAGGAGACCGAUGGCGGAUGGAUGAGGAGGCUGAGGCCCGGCCUGGCUCGGGAGGAAGGCUUGGAAAAUCUCCGUGGUGCCCUAAAAGCCGCCCGCCCGCCCGCCAUGCGGGGGCUGCUGGCCGGGCUGCUGCUGGCGCUACUCCCGGGCGGACCCUGCGCGGCCGCUCAGCCCCUCGGAGGGGUCAGCAAACGCGCAAGGGCCGGGGGCCGUGUUCCGCCGAGCCCCGCUGAAGGGCUUGGGGUGCCGGGCAAACCCCGCAAACCUUGCGGGCAGACGGCGGCUGGGGUGGUUAAAGAUAAUCUGUGGCUUCCAAGAGACCUGGGAAUGACAGCAGUGCCCUUACCUCUGAUUGUUCAAGCCAAUGAAGCCCCCCAGCAACUCUUGACUUCUGCAGCCUCAGGAACCCAGUGGAGCCAUUCCCUGUUUGCUUUGGUCCCCUCCUGGACCAAGAAGAUUUUGUUUAAACGAGAAACUUCUGGGAAGCACCAACUGCCUGAAGAUGCACUCAAUAUGUCAGCGUCCUCUGGAUUUGGAAUAACCCUUCAGAAAUGUGGUGCUGUGGAUGUUGAACAUGACCCUCAAACUGCAUACAUUACCCUGCUGAUUAAUAACACCAAUACACUGCUCUCAGCAAACAUUACAGAUCUUAUCCUCCUGGACAAUAUCACUGGUCUAGAUGUUCAGAAAAACAGUGGUAACAGGACCACAGAUGGUUUACAGAUUUACAGGAAAAGAUUCUUGCAAGGGGGAGAGUAUUUUGCUAUCAACUACUCUGCACUUCUUGACACAACCGAAAUGUGGGAUGGCAGGGUGCUGGCACUGCCUGUGAAGCUGACUUUCAAGAGUUCAUCCCAGAACACAACACAUCUCAUAUCCCUGACAGCAUCCUUCACCAUAACUGAAGAAGAAAAGACUGAGGUUUUGUACAGCCAUGCCAUCCAUGCCUCUGGGUUCUUCAUUGCUUUUUUUGUUUCCCUGGUAUUGACAUGUGCUGUUUUUUUCAUUUUUUACCAAACCCAACUCUUCAAAUGGAAUUUCCACAGUAAAAACCAGGAGGUACAGCCUGAGCUCAGUCAAUAUCACAAACUGGAGCACUCUCAGCUUAAUUCAGGAGAUUUCUUCAGCGAGGAUAUCAUUAUGAAUGAUCAAAUCAUCGAUAUCCUGUCCUUUGAAGACUCUGGCAACAUGCUUCAGGCUUUAGAAGACUUGGAGGUUGCCAGCCUGAUGAGGGCAGAUGCUGACCUGGAGGCACAGCGGACCCAGAUCUUCAGAGAGGUGGUUGCUCUGCUGCUGAAGAAGAUGAUCUGGAGUCACAGCAUCUUCCCUCACCUGGAGAAGAGGCUGAGUUCAGUUUUCAACAAGCAGUUUCUGGCCCUGGAGAAGGAGAUUCAAGAGGAAUAUGAAAGGAAAGUGGUGGCUUUAACAGCUGAGUGUGAUCUGGAAACCAGGAAGAAAGUGGAGGCUCAGAGGCAAAAAGCAAGAGCUGCAAAUGAAGAGGCUGAGGAAUUGAUGAAGAAAAUGAAUGAAAAGCCUGCUGUAGAGUACAGAAAUCUCCUGGACAGACUUCACAGGCUGGAGCAGGACAGCUUGAAGAGAUUCCUUUUGGUAAAGCAGGAGGAGUAUUUUGCAAAGGCUUCUAGGCAGCUGGCUCUUACCCAGAGAAAAGAGCUCCAUAAUAUCUUUUUUACACAGAUAACAAAUGCUGCUUUCAAGGGAGAACUGAAGUUGGAAGCAGCUAAAGCAUUAGUGGAUGAUUACUCUACAAUACAGGGAAACAUUGAAGAGCUAAUGGAUUUUUUGCAAGCUAACAAGAAAUACCACCUGAAUAGAAGAUUUGCUUACAGAGAGUAUCUUCUAAGUAAGAUACAGCUAAGGGAUUCUCAAGCCUCUGCUCUUGUAGAUGUGGCAGCAUCCCAGAUAUCAAGUCUCAUUAAUAGGAUGGAAAGAGCAGGUCACCUACCUGAAAGUCAUCUGGGAGUGCUGCUGGACAGAGCUGAGGCUGAAAUUAAUUCUGUUAAGCAGAAAUUUAAUCAUGACUUAAAACAAAAGAAGCAAAAGCUUCGCCAGAAACUCAUUACCAAGCGGAGGCGAGAAAUGCUGCAGAAGCAGAAGGAGCACUGGAAGGAGCAGCUGUCACUUGGAGACCCUUUCAAAACCACCAAGGAGGUCACCCACUAUCUGAGCCACUGGAAGAAUCUGCUGAGUGAUUACACCCUGGAAUUUGAAGAACUUACUGAAAAGCUUGACAGCGAGGCCAGUGAAGAGCUGCAAGAGCUUCUGUUCAGUCUGGCAGAGAAAGCUGCUGAAGAGCUUAAACGUGUUCAGUAUGGAGGAUUUGUGCAGGAACUGGUUAAGCUCAGUGUUCCAAAGAUGUUCCUGCUGGAAGCUGUGGAGGAGCAUAAAAAAGAGAUGGUUGUUAAACAUGAGCAGCUGGAAAGGGAAGAGUGGGAGAAGAACACAGCAGCUGAAGAGCUGCUGCAGCUCACCAGGCAGAAGCUGAGCCAAGAACUGGAAAUGAGCCUUUUGGAACAAAAAAAAUCAAGGAGCUGGGAACAAUCAGUGUUCAUGCAUCUUCUACAUUUACCCCUCUCAUUCUCAGAAGAGGAAUUGCUUAGAAUGAGGCAAGAGCUGCACUGCUGCUUCUCCCAGCUAGACAGCAGCUUGGCUUGGCCCAAAAUAAGAGCAAGAACCUUGCUUCAGGCUUUCGAGGUGGAGAGGAGGGAGGCAGAGAUGCUGAAAGUUGAUCAGAAUUUGGCAGUGAUCAAUAAACAGCAUUCUAAACUUAAAAAAACAGGAUCCAGGAAUAGGAAUAAGAUAGAUAUUCUGAAGAAAUCUUUAAAGGACAAAAUUGACAUUUAUGAAGACUCAGUGAAAGAUGAAAAUUUGAAUAAGGUUAAGUGUGAAUUGCUGCUGGAGAGAGAGCAUCAGCUGCGUGACCUGGAAGAUAAACUUGGAGAGCACAUUGCUGCUUUAGCCUUUCAGAAGGCUAUUAAGAAAUCCCAAAUGUUGGAGCUGUACACAGCUAUUAUGAGUCUACAAGCCUUGCUCUUUGAACAACUCAGCACAUCAAAAACCCUGUCAAAAUUGGAAUGUGUUCAGAUUUUAGAAGCACAUCACCCUGAAACUGAAGAGCUUGCCAGGAAGCUGGACUAUGAGAUGCUGCAGAAGCAGUCAGCUCAGCAGCAUCACCUGAUGACCAGGCAGAGCUGGACUUCAGCUAAAUUGGGGCUUUCAAAUGAAGCUGUGGAAACAAAUGCAGACAGACAGGUGACAACUCUGCUGAGACAGGCCAUGAAGAAAUGCAGGGGGUUUAUAAACCUUCACCAGCAAAGCUUGAGAGAUGAGCAAUGGAACUGUGCUGUGCUUGAAGAUCUCCUGGAAAAUAUAGAAAUGGAUGCAUUUUUGGCACUUUAUAGUCAGGAGCUCCGACUGGCAGGGUACUUAGCCAGGCUGGCAAGCAUACCCAUGGGGAUGCUGCACAGGAUCCUGAACUUACUGCUUCCCUCCAGCUCCCAGAGUGAAGUUCUGUCUGUCCUUGAUUCCAUCAGUAAAUACUUGGAUGGGGAUGCUGAAAGUGCCAGUAAUGCAGAGGAGUCUGGCAGGUGUAAGAAAAGAAGGAACCAAGAGCUGUGGCAAGCACUGGAGAACAAAGUAAGGGAAGAUCUGAUAAACAGAAGUUUGGACAAGAUCCCUUCUCUAACCAAGAGAAAAGACAGCUUGCUAAAGAAGAAGCAACUUUCCCUCCUGGAAAAAGCAUCCUUCAUCCAGCUUGCUUGUUCCCCUGCACACCCUCCUGGGGAACACUUGGAUCCUCCUGUUCCUUUCAGCUCUGCAGCUGCUGAAGCCCUCGAGGUGGCAGGCACAGGGGAGAAGGUGUUUUUAUUCCGGGAUCCAAUCCUUUCUGGGCAUCAUUCUCCAAGGAAAAAGAAAAAGAACUUUCUUAAUUCCAAAAAGGCUGCUCAUGCAAACACAGACUCAUGAGGGUGACGUCCGUCCCAAGUAUCAACUGGGGAAAAGGAAGCUAUUUAAGACUUAGGAAAAUAAUGAGAACUAAGUAUUAAAUAACACAUGCCUGAUUUUAAUCUGAUUUGUUGUAAGGUCUUGUAAUUUUAAAAUGGCACAGAGAGCACUGUGUGUUGUGUGUUGGUUUGUUUUUUUUUAAUUUCAGCAUGUGAUGCAGUAGAUGAAAUACGAGUGUUUUGUGAUGCACGUUCUGGCAGGCAGGACUCUCUGUUCCUUCCCUACAUUUUGUUCAUUUUUGCACUGAUUUUGCUGUAUUUUCAUAAUUUAUAUAGGAAGGAUAUUUAUUCUAUAAAACAAGUCUUGUUUUCCUAUUCUUG